AUGAAUCAAUUAACUUCACUUGAUAUGCAUUCCAAUGAAAUUGGUGUAGAAGGAUCCAAAUACAUAAGUGAAAUGAAACAAUUAACAUCACUUGAUAUAUAUUCCAAUGAAAUUGGUGUAGAAGGAGCCAAAUACAUAAGUGAAAUGAAAUCAUUAACAUCACUUGAUAUACAUUCCAAUGAAAUCGGUGUAGAAGGAUCCAAAUACAUAAGUGAAAUGAAACAAUUAACAUCACUUAAUAUUGGUUACAAUCAAAUUGGUGUAGAAGGAUCCAAAUACAUAAGUGAAAUGAAUCAAUUAACAUCACUUGAUAUACAUUCCAAUGAAAUUGGUGUAGAAGGAUCCAAAUACAUAAGUGAAAUGAAACAAUUAACAUCACUUAAUAUUGGUUACAAUCAAAUUAGUGUAGAAGGAGCCAAAUACAUAAGUGGAAUGAAAUCAUUAACAUCACUUUAUAUUGGUUACAAUCAAAUUGGUGUAGAAGGAUCCAAAUACAUAAGUGAAAUGAAACAAUUAACAUCACUUAAUAUUGGUCACAAUGAAAUUGGUGAAGAAGGAGCCAAAUACAUAAGUGGAAUGAAAUCAUUAACAUCACUUAAUAUUGGUUACAAUCAAAUUGGUGUAGAAGGAUCCAAAUACAUAAGUGAAAUGAAACAAUUAACAUCACUUAAUAUUGGUCACAAUGAAAUUAGUGUAGAAGGAUCCAAAUACAUAAGUGGAAUGAAAUCAUUAACAUCACUUAAUAUUGGUUACAAUCAAAUUGGUGUAGAAGGAUCCAAAUACAUAAGUGAAAUGAAACAAUUAACAUCACUUAAUAUUGGUUACAAUGAAAUUGGUGUAGAAGGAGCCAAAUACAUAAGUGGAAUGAAAUCAUUAACAUCACUUAAUAUUGGUUACAAUCAAAUUGGUGUAGAAGGAUCCAAAUACAUAAGUGAAAUGAAACAAUUAACAUCACUUAAUAUUGGUCACAAUGAAAUUGGUGAAGAAUAA